GCCGGGGGCGGGCUAAGCCUGGGGUAGGACGGGUCCCAGGACUCGGGUGAGGGUUCCACACUUGGCUUUCAGUAGUGGUCAAGACGCAGGCACGUACGCCAAAGGGGAGCAAAGCCGGGCUCGGCCCGAGGCCCCUAGGACUUCCAUCUCCCAAUGCCGGAGAUUUAACCUGCUAUGUGCCCGGCCCUGUGCUAGAAGCUGAGGAUUCAAAAUGGACAAGGUCUGAGGUAGGACCUGAGACUCUGCAUUUCUAACAAGCUCCCAGGUGACGCUGAUGAAGCUGAUUCAAGAUGUAGAGGAUUUUACAAACUAGUAGAGUAGCGGGUGGACAAGUCCAGGCUAAUCGCCUGGCAACUAGAGGUGGUCUCCACCCCCUUGCUCGCUGAGGUUCCCUCCCAGGAAUCCGCCACGUGACAGCCGGACCGCCCUCUCUGACUAGAGGAGCCCUGUUAGCGCCAUGGCUCCUAAGAAGCCGCCCUGCCUUCCUUCCCUGCUGUUGCCACUUCUGACGCUGCUGCUGCCCCAGGCAGACACUCGGUCGUUCAUACUGGAUCGGGAAAAUGACAGAUUCCUCCUGGAUGGAGCCCCGUUCCGCUACGUGUCUGGCAGCUUGCACUACUUUCGAGUACCACGGGUGCUUUGGGCAGACCGGCUCUUCAAGAUGCGAAUGAGUGGCCUCAAUGCUGUCCAGUUUUAUGUGCCCUGGAACUACCAUGAGCCAGAGCCUGGGGUCUAUAAUUUUAAUGGCAGCCGGGACCUCAUUGCAUUUCUGAAUGAGGCAUCUAUAGCGAACCUGUUGGUCAUACUGAGACCAGGACCUUACAUCUGUGCAGAGUGGGAGAUGGGGGGUCUCCCAGCCUGGUUGCUUCAAAAACCUGAAAUCCAUCUGAGAACCUCAGAUCCAGGUGAGUGGAGACAAGUUUUUAACACAAAAAAACAACAGCAACAAAAUGGAUUGUUGAGUUCCCAAAACAGAUGAGACCAUCCCCAAACUGGAGAUCAUUGAUGCAGAUAUUUGAGUGUUUCCUUCAUGCCCAGCAAGAUGCUAGAAACUGGGGGACCAGACAGACACAGUCCCUGUGCAAUGGAGCUUAUGGUGAAAGAAACAGAUUGUCAAAAAACCAAAGCCUGUAAGAUUAUUGCAAGCUGUACAAAUACCACACAAGAAAAUAGACAAGGAACUGAGAUCGUGAAUAACAGAGGACUGUUGGGGCACACGAGGGGCUCAGAGGGUUAAAUGUCUGACUUUGGCUCAGGUUGUGAUCUCAGAGAUUGUGGAGUUCGA